AUGUUGUUUGAAAUUCAAAGUUAUAAGGAUAUUGAAGGCCGGGAUAGCCUAGUUGGUAGGGAGUUGGAUUCACAUCCCUUGGGUUGUAAGUUCGUACCCCGAAAGCCAAAGACUCUCCGUGUACAAGGUGGUUGGUGCACAUAUCCACCAAAGCAUGUAUCCAAUGAUAAACUAAGCAGCAGCACUACUCCAAUUCGUCCGGUGUUUGACGCUUCAGCGAGAUUAGCAAAUUAUCCAUCUUUGAAUCAGUGCUUGGAAUGUGGUCCUAAUCUCAUUGAGCUUAUUCCAAAUAUUCUUCUUCGAUUCAGAGAGGGACAGCUUGGCGUUAUAGCUGACAUCAGGAAAGCUUUUCUGCAAAUUAGUAUUCGUAAAGAGGAUAGAGACUUCCUUCGGUUUUUGUGGUGGGAAAAUAGAGAAGAAAAGAAAUUGAGAGUUUUUCGUCACACAAGAGUUGUUUUUGGGGUAAAAUGUAGCCCUUUUCUUUUAGCUUCAGUAAUUGAGUACCAUAUUCAAAAAUGUGAAGGAUUUGAAAAAUCUUUGAAGAAAAGACUUUUGGAGAGUUUCUACAUUGAUAAUGUCGUUACUAGUGUCGACAGUAAAGACCAAUUAGAUCGAUUCAUUGACAAUUCUAAAACCUUGAUGGCAAAAGGUGGUUUUGAUCUUAGAGAAUGGGAAUGGUCUGGCGACUGUGAAACUAAUUCAAAGGAAGAAACUCAGGUAUUAGGUCUUAUUUGGAAUAAGAAAUUAGACACUUUGAAAAUUAACAUGAAAUGGCUGGAUGGCAUUAAUGUGGAAAAAGUAACUAAAAGGAGUAUGUUAUCUACAGUACAUAAAGUAUUUGAUCCUUUUGGAUUCACUGCACCAGUGAUGCUCUGUCCAAAAAUAAUGCUACAAAAGGCAUGGACAUUAGGUACAAGUUGGGAUGAAGAAGUAACUGGUGAGCUUCGUAAAGAAUUUCUACAGUGGUUUCAAGAACUUAAGCAUUUGUCUGACAUACAGAUUCCUAGGUGUGUUCAAGCAUCUUCAAAAGAUAUAAGCAACUGCACUAUCCAUACGUUUGUUGAUGGAAGCAAAGAUGCAUAUGCUGCUGUUACAUUCCUUAGAAUAGAAAAUAAUGGUCGAAUCGAGCUAUUUCUACUUGCAGCGAAAUCUCGAGUGGCUCCGUUAAGAGGCACAACUAUCCCAAGAAUGGAACUUCUUGCGGCGGUGAUUGGAGCGAGGCUAGCGAAUUCAGUUGUUGAAGCUCUUGGUUGGAAAAAUGUUACGAUAUAUUACUGGAGUGAUUCUACAACAGUGCUUGCAUGGAUAUUACGAGAAGAAAAUUGGUCUGUCUUCGUUAGGAACAGAGUCCAAGAGAUAAGGAAGUUGAGUAAUCCUACAUCAUGGAGACACAUACCUGGUGAUAAGAAUCCGGCAGAUUUACCUUCCAGGGGCUGCAAGGCAAAACAUCUAGUCUCCCUAAGAUGGUGGGAGGGUCCACAAUGGAUGAAAAAUGCUUUUGAAUUUCAAAACAUUAUGGGUUCCACCAACCAUGAUUGGAAUGAAGAAGAGAUUAGAAAGGAAAAGUCUAAGACGACUUUUAUAUUAUCAAAUAAUGAAGCCUGUGGUGUUGCAAACUGGUACUACAGAUAUUUUUCGAACUAUGAUAGAAUAGUUCGUCUUGUUGCAUGGAUCCUCCGCUUCAUGAACAACUGCAAAAAUAUAACUGAGAAGAAGCAUGGUGAAUUAACCACUACAGAAUUUCAGGAAGCAGAAAUGAAGAAUAAGGACCAACAUCAAUUCAAGAACCGUUUUAAAGAAACCCAAACAAAAGAAUAUGCAAAAUCUCAACCUUUCCUCCAACCAUUGUUUCCCGUUACGACCUACGAACAAUAUGUGAUAAGCAGAGAUAUUGAGGAAAAGUAUUUGCAAAAAGUUCAAGUGCAACCUUAA